GAGAAAAAUUGAUACCCAUUAGUCCAUUACUAACCUAAAUUAGAAAGUAUACCCAGUUGUAUGUAAAAAUAUUAUUUUAAUCUAUUGAGGGGUUUAAUAUACAAAACGACCUGUUUAUAUGCUUGAAUUGAAGUCAGUCUUUGACGAAAAUAUUUUCUGGUUUUUAUAUUUUAGUUUUUAUUAAAAUAAUAUAUGAAAUUUGUGUGUGCGCACGUGUUUGGGACAAAAGAGGAAUAAAAACGAGAAGUGGGAAUUCAAACUUGUGACUAGACUUGGUUAUUGGACGGAUCGCGUCGGAUUGGGUAAUAAAAGGGUCAAUUUUAGCGGGUCACAGGUCAAUAACGGGACGAUAGCGGGCGGGUCAAUAAACGAACAAGGAAAAAUGAACAAAAAGAGAGCCGUAUGUGAAUACAAAUGAAUACGAAGCUAUCCACACAAUUUAAUAUCAUAACUAUUUUUGUUUUCAAAAUUAUUGUGUUAUAAGUUCGCCCCAUAUAUAGACUAUAUCCGAUAAAGGCUCUGUCCAAUAAGAGCCUUACGCCCCUACCCAAUAAAAACCCUAUUAACAUGACCCAAACUAUCAUUGGACUAACCUGUCCAAUAACCAAGUCUACUUGUGACCUAUCGUACUUAACCAUUAGACUAAGACAUCAUGUCAUAAUAUACUGAUUAUGUGUUUCUUUUAUUCCUUUGCUAGGUUUUCAUCUUUUGUUGUAUUCUUGACUUCUUGAGUCAUCCGUGAACCCACUAUUUUCACAAGUUACAAACUCGAUCACAAUUGAUUGAUUUAUGGGCUUUUUCCAAAUUUAAUUAAUUACUCCUUAAUUACUUACUCCUAAAUCCUAACAACUAAAAAGAUAUGAAUGAGUGGUCACAACAGUCUAGUCAAUGGAAAGAAUCUUAACUCACACUAACUAAUUACGAAGUAAUUAAUUGAUGAUUCUGAUUCUUUGGAUUAAUCAAAUUCUCCUCUGGGUUAGAUACAUGAAUUAAUUCAUUCAUUUUAGUCAAACAAAUUAUAUAUUUCCAUGUAUUCUUGAUCAUCAAAUGCAAUUAUAAAAUUUACCAAAAAAAAUAGUAUUUCGUGAAAUCAAGAUUGACUUUUAGGCUUUAUGAUAAAGAAAAUACAUGUAUACAUUUAUUUGUUUCAAAUAUAUUUGUAAAUAAUGUCACAUGUUCAUAUUCCGUUAUGUUAGACGCUUGUAAUUUAUUACCCUACAUAUAUUUUCAUGUAGAUUGUUGCAUUUUCACAAUUCGUUCACCUUUCAUUUCAUAUUCAUUUUUAAGUUUCCUUCUUAGGUUUGAAAAUCAAUUUUCUUUCCUUUUUUUGUUACAAUAUAAUUUCCAAAUAGGAAAAAUUAAUCAGAAAAUAAAGAAAAAUACAAAAACAUAAUUAUAUUUAGAUCUAUUUCUUCCUGAAAAUUCUCAUCUCAAAGACACUCUCAACAACAAUAAGCCCUAGUCUCACUCAAACAACAACAACUUCAUUUCCUGUAAACUAGAGUUAUCAAACUAACAACAACAUGAACGUAAGUUUUCCCAUUGAAUCUGGAAGACCUUACGCUACCGAUGUCGAUGACGAUGGCCGUAGCCAAAGAACAGGUACAUUGUUAACUGCAACGGCUCAUAUAAUCACAGCAGUGAUUGGGUGUGGAGUUCUAUCACUAGCAUGGGCCGUGGCCCAAAUGGGCUGGGUCGCUGGGCCCAUUGUCCUCCUCAUAUUCUCCCUUGUUACAUUGUAUGCUUCUACGUUACAGACGGAUUGUUACCGGAACCCUACUACUGGCAAGAGAAAUUACACUUAUCAAGAGGCCGUAAGAUCUAUCCUAGGUGGAAGAAAGUUCAAGUUUUGUGGUCUAGCUCAAUAUGCCAACUUUGUAGGAGUGUCAAUUGGUUAUACAAUCACCGCGUCUAUAAGCAUGGCGGCUGUUAAACGGGCAAUAUGCUUUCAUAGGGAGGGACAUGAAGCAGGAUGUCACACACACAAUAAUCAAUUUAUAAUGAUAUUUGGAGUUGUACAACUAUUUAUAAGCCAACUUCCAAAUUUUCACAAGCUUUCAUGGCUUUCUAUUGUUGCGGCUGCCAUGUCAUUUGGUUAUUCUUUCAUAGGAAUCGGUCUUGCAAUAGCCAAAGUUGCAGGUGGUAGCAAAGCUAGGACAUCAUUGACAGGAGUAGAAAUAGGAAUAGAUGUUACACAAGCCCAGAAAGUUUGGAACAUAUUGACAGCAAUGGGAAACAUGGCUUUUGCUUAUGCUUUCUCCAUGGUUCUCAUCGAAAUUCAAGACACACUGAGGCCAAACCCUCCGGAGAAUGUAGUUAUGAAGAAGGCAUGCUCGUAUGGGGUUUUGAUCACCACAUUCUUUUACAUGUUGUGUGGAGUUAUAGGUUAUGCCGCGUUUGGGAAUGAUGCACCCGGAAAUUUCUUAACUGGAUUCGGUUUCUUCGAACCUUUUUGGCUCGUCGCACUUGCCAAUAUUUUUAUUGCUAUCCAUCUCGUUGGUGCUUAUCAGGUAUUUGUGCAACCACUCUUCGACUUCGUUGAAACCCAAUGUGCCACAAAAUGGCCAGAAAACAAGUUCAUCAAUGUAGAAUAUCCAACAAAGCUCCCUCUAUAUGGUGACUAUAAUUUCAGCUUCUUCAGACUUAUAUGGAGGUCAUCAUAUGUCAUAUUAAUGACAGUAAUUGCAAUGAUCUUCCCCUUCUUCAAUGACAUCGUUGGUUUAAUUGGAGCGUUCUCUUUCUGGCCACUCACAAUUUAUUUCCCAAUUGAAAUGUACAUUGCUCAAGGGAAAGCUGGUCCUAAGUAUUCAUGGUCAUGGAUAUUUCUAAAAUUGUUGAGUUAUGCUUGUUUGGUUGUUUCACUCUUGGCUAUUGUUGCUUCUGUUCGAGGGAUCGUUGUGGGUGUUUCGAAUAUGAAGCCGUUUCAAUCCGUUUCAUGAUUUGUGUACAUACUCCUAUCUAGGACGUUAUGUAUGAAAGUGGAAAUAUCGGAAGUACAACUUUUUAAGGCGUACGCGUGACACAUUAGUUUGUAAUGGAAAAUAUUAGUUUAACAUCUUCCUGGUGCAAUUUUUUAAAUGUACGUGGAAAAUUAGUUUGUUACUGUAGAACUCUUGGUUAUUGUCGAUGUUUCUAAUUUGAAGACGUUUAAGUUUGUUUCAUGAAUUAUGUAUUCAUUUUUAGGACGUUAUGUACGUGUAUGACAAGAUUUGGCAUGAUAUCUUAGUA